ACCUGCAGCUGCGGCAGAGGAACGUUCUGCAUCCAUCUCCUCUUCGUCAUGUUACGGGUGUUUCAGCUGGAGCCUUCAGAUACGAUGCUGUGGAGGAAAACCUUGAAGAAUUUUGAAGUUGAAAGUUUGUUCCAGAAAUAUCACAGUAGACGUAGCUCAAGGAUCAAAGCUCCAUCUCGUAGCACCAUCCAGAAGUUUGUGUCACGCAUGUCAAAUUCUCAUACAUUAUCCUCAUCCACCACCUCCACAUCUAGCUCAGAUACCAGCAGCAUCAAAGAUGAAGAUGAACAGAUGUGCCCGAUCUGCCUGCUGGGCAUGCUGGACGAGGAGAGCCUGACUGUAUGUGAAGAAGGCUGCAGAAACAAGCUCCACCACCACUGCAUGUCCAUCUGGGCAGAGGAAUGCCGGCGAAACAGAGAGCCUCUCAUCUGCCCUUUGUGCCGCUCAAAAUGGAGAUCUCAGGACUUCCACAGUCAUGACCUGCCGGGCCCUGUGGACUCUCCCCCUAUCCAUCGUGCUGCCCAGCAGCCGCCCCUCCAGCAGUCGCCCACAGCUGGAUCCCAAAGAAGGUCCCAGGACUCCAACCUAAACCUCACUCAUUACGGGGUGCAGCAGAUUCCUUCCUCGUACAAAAGCACAGCUGAGCCCUGGAUUCAGGUUUUUGGAAUGGAGCUGGUCGGCUGUUUGUUCUCCCGAAACUGGAAUAUUCGAGAAAUGGCGCUGCGGCGCCUCUCGCACGAUGUCAGCGGGGCCCUGCUGUUGGCUAAUGGUGAAAGCACUGGAACGUCCAGUAGUGGCGGCGGUGGCGGCACACCUGGCAGCGCCGCGCCCCACUCUGCCGGUGGCUCAUCUCAGUCCAGUAUCUCAGGGGAUGUUGUGGUGGAGGCGUGCUGUAGCGUGCUGUCCAUGGUGUGCGGAGACCCCGUCUACAAAGUCUAUGUCGCUGCUUUAAAAACCUUAAGAGCCAUGUUGGUGUACACUCCCUGCCACACGACCACCGAACGGAAGAAGCUGCAACGACUUCUCGGUCCCGUCGUGGAAACCAUCCUGGUGAAGUGCGCGGAUGCCAACAGCCGCACAAGUCAGUUGUCAGUGUCAACACUACUGGAACUAUGCAAAGGACAAGCCGGGGAGCUGGCGGUGGGGAGAGAAAUCCUCAAAUCCGGUUCCAUUGGCAUUGGGGGUGUGGAAUAUGUCCUGAACUGUAUCCUGGCCACCAAGCCGGAGUCUAACAACUGGCAAGCGCUGCUCGGCCGUCUGUGUCUCAUCGACCGACUGCUGCUGGAAUUUCCUGCUGAAUUUUAUCCCCACAUCAUCAGUGGAGACGUCGUACAGGCCGACGCAGCAGUCGAGAG